GAAAAAAAAUUGUAAAAAAGCCUGUGUAUUUUAACUCUUUCUUCUUCUCUUUUUUUUUUAAAAAUAAAUAAAUCUUGUAACAAUAACGUACAUUAGCAUUAUUUCAUCUCCUUUGUGAGACUAAGUGACUAAGGUACGAAUCUCAAUCUUCCCAUGUUCCAACUAAAAAAAAAACACAAUUAAAAUAAGAAAAGUAAAAGAAGUAUAUAUGAUUAAUUAAUAGUAAUAUCAGUCCUUCUUCAUCGUACUAAAACCGUGUUUUGAGAAUCAACAGCUGUUGCAACGGCAGUGGUCAAGAGAAUCCAGCCCUUCCGAGAAAAUGCUGUUGUACACACAUGGCCGAUUGCGUGAGGGAGAAUGAUUGUUUUUUAAUCUUUCCAGUAAACAACAAAAUAUCGCUUAUGACUACACACAUUGCAUAUAUUUUGUUUAAUGAUAUUAUAUCCGUGGUGCUAUCUUGAGAUGAUCAGAUCAUCAUCAUCGAUGCUGACAACCCCUACAUAUUUACACACACACAUAUAUAUAGGAGGGAUAUAUAGUGAUUAGGUAGUCUGUCGCAAGAAUUGGUGACAAUACAACAGUGGGAAAUUGAAAUUGAAAAUCAAUGGGGAGCCUCGGAGUUGCAGAGCAAGGAUGGAGGAAAGGGCCAUGGACGCCUGAAGAAGAUAAGCUGCUUGUUGAGUAUGUGAGCAGCUAUGGCGAAGGGAGAUGGAGCUGUGUCUCUAAGUGUGCAGGUUUGAAUAGGAGUGGGAAGAGCUGCAGGCUUAGAUGGGUGAAUUAUUUGAGGCCUGGCCUUAAAAAAGGCCAUAUUACACCACAGGAGGAAGGGAUCAUCAUUGAACUCCAUGCCCUUUGGGGAAACAAAUGGUCAACUAUCGCGAGAUACUUACCGGGAAGAACGGACAACGAGAUAAAGAACUACUGGCGAACCCAUUUCAAGAAGAGGAAGUCAGCUUCGAGCCAUGAGAGUCGCCAAGAGAAACAAGAAGAAGAAGAAGAAGCAAGAAUUGAUAGUAAGAUUGGAAAGGUUGAAGAUGAGCAAGGGAAGAAAGUAUGUAGGAGCAGUGAUCAGCUAAUGUUGGCGACGGCUCAUGAAGAUUGUAACAGCACGUGGUGCUGGUCUGAUUUUGAUAACUGCUUUGGAUUGUGGGAUAUGGAUGAUCAGAAUGGAUGCAGUAAGAUGGCCAUUCACAGUCAACCUAAUAUUGCACGCGGCGGCGCCGGCGCCGGUGAUGGUGGCGAUGCCAUGUGUAGCGGCGGAUAUAUAUUUUGAUAUGGAAUCGAAGGAAGCAUCAUAGUGAUAGUGUAUUUGUUGUAAUUUCCGUUUUAAUUAGUUGGUUGUAAUUGGAUUAAUACUCAAUAACAUGAUUCGAAUACCAUGUAGUUGUAUAUUAAUCAAGAUUAUUCACUUUGUUUACUUGACAA